AUGCCCAACUUUUUCUUUCAACGUCGACUUUCAGCCUUGCCCGUUAGUGCGGACCGGCACAUCAAAACCCCCGAGUCGGACUUCGGAUUCCUCUGGUUGGUAAUCCCCGCAAAUCAUGACCUUCCAGUAUGGCAAGCCAACUUCCAACAUCCAGCACAUCCAGCACAUCCUGUUGUACUGGACAACAAACAUUCACAACUCUGUCGAAGCUCUGGUUCUCAAAUCGCUCUCCUCAGCCUUCCACGCAGCUCGUCAAACAUCCCCGUCCAGCGAACAAUACUCUACCUAGCAUACGGCUCCAACCUCUCCGCCAAAACAUUCAAAGGCGCUCGAGGAAUCAAACCCCUCUCCGCACUAAUUGUCCAUGUCCCGUCUCUAGACCUAACCUUCUCCCUCCCAGGGAUUCCUUACAACGAGCCCUGCUUCGCGAACACCAGAUACCAUAUCCCUCCAUCCUCCUCCACUUCGAAAUCCGAUUACCACAAAAACCGCUGGACCAAAGGUCUUAUUGGCGUCGUCUACGAAGUCACCCCAGAGGACUACAGAACCAUAAUAGCUACUGAAGGCGGUGGCGCAAGCUAUCACGAUGUGGUCGUGCCCUGCUAUGCUCUCCCAGCUGGCGCGAAGACAGUAGAUCCCAUACCGAGCGGCGCAUCAUUUAAAGCACAUACAUUAUUACGGCCGGAGCCUGAAGAGGAGGACCACACAAAGGAUGGUGUCGUAAGCCCAGAUCCUUCAUACGCACAAGCUUCAGCGCGUUAUCUAAAGCUCAUCACCUCUGGUGGCGAAGAACAUGAAUUACCAGAAGAAUAUAUGGCAUACCUCUACAAUAUCCGACCAGAUACCAUCACAACCUUGCGGCAACGGGUAGGACAAGCUAUUAUCAUGACAACAUGGCUGCCCAUCUUAUUGCUGCUCUUCGGUCUCGGCAAGGUGUUUGCUGAUGAUGAGGGCAAGAUACCAGGGUGGCUGGCGAGUGCUAUGGGAGUUUUCAUGAAGGUACUCUGGGCUUAUUAUGAUCUGGUGCUUAAGAAGACGUGUGGUGAUGGCGAGAGGACAAUUGGGGAGGAUGGCGACGAGGAAGGUGGGGGAAAGAGAUGGUGCGAAGAGAAAGUUGGGAGGAAGUGGUGUGAGAAGAGUGUUACGUUGUAA